CAUUUAAUUAAAAUGGAAAUGUUCCAGGUAAUGACAGUGUAGACAGAACAAGUACAGUUAUAAUGAGAAAGAACAAGAGGGAUGCAGUACCUGGAGAGAGAUUCCUGUGUGAUGGGGUUAUGAAACAAAUCUCAACAGGGCUGUACUCGCAGGGUGAAAUCAGAGGAUAACAUUCCCAUUCAAGUUUUCAACUGAAAAAACGAUUAUUGGAAUACAAUGGAAUUGGGAUGGAAAAUGCAGAUUUUGUCUGACUCAAAUCACACAAAUGUUGCUGAAUUUGUUUUUGUUGGCUUUACUGGCGUAAGACAAGCUCCACAGUUAAUAGGAGUCACGUUUCUUAUCAUCUAUCUAUUGACUCUUCUUGGCAACCUUUUCAUUUUAUAUGUAAUCAAAAAGGAAGAAAAAUUACAAACUCCAAUGUAUAUUAUUAUCUGUAACCUUGCUUUGUCUGAUAUCAUAUACAGCACAGUUAUAAGCCCUAAACUUAUACAGUCCUAUCUGCUUGACUUGAAUGCAAUACAAUUCCAUGUGUGUUUCAUCCAAAUGUAUUUUUUCCACUUUGCUGGUUCGGUGGAUUCUUUCAUGAUGCUUGUGAUGGCACUAGACCGCUAUGUUUCAAUAUGUUUCCCUUUAAGGUACCCUGCUUUAAUUACCAAUAAAAAUGCACAAAUCCUGUGCAUUGUAGCCUGGAUGUUGGGAGCAAUCAGUCCACUGCCUCCAGUCAGCUUUGCUGCUAUACUUCCUUACUGUGGUCCUAAUAAGAUAAACCAUUUGUACUGUGAACAUCGUUUAGUCGCCAGACUCGCUUGCACUGACACAACUUUCAAUAUGUUUUUGGCAUUUAUAAUAGCAUGUUUAGUCUUAAUUGUUCCAUUUUCGAUUAUUUUGCUUUCCUAUUUAAAAAUAAUCAUCACUGUACUUAAGAUCGCAACACCAGAAGGUAGAAAGAAGGCAUUUUACACAUGUAGCACACAGCUUAUUGUGAUUUCCAUUUUUUUCAUACCAAGAUUAUUUGUAUAUAUUGCUUCAAUAGUUGGGGUUUACAUGCCAGAUGUGGCCCGUGCCUCUUUGGGUGUCAUGUACUGCCUCCUACCUCCAUUAGCAAACCCAGUAAUCUAUAGUUUUAGGACUAAAGAAAUCAAGCAGUUAAUUUUCAAAUUGUUUAAACUGAAAACAGUUGUUCCCAGAGAGAACACAAUCGGAACUACUUGUGCUUGAAUGUUAAUAAACAUCUUUAAAUAUUGUGUAACGUUUUGUCUUUCGCUCCACACACAAAACAUAUAAAAGGUUAUUAUAAAGUCAUUUGGUGCACAAUUGUUGUGGAAAAAUCACUGUGUCAUGGCAGAUGGAGGUGAUUGUAAGACUAAAAGCAUGGUUCAUGGAGUGUGCUGCCAUCGGGAAAGAAAAAUAAAUGUUUAAUAUAUUGUUUAAACUUAUAUGAAGAAUACAUUUUCAAAUUAUGUAACAUAUGUUUAUAUAUGUUUCACAUGGUUAAAUUAUUUUAAAUGUCCUAUAUACGCUAUGCAUAACAAAAAAUGAA